CCUAGGUUUAAGAUUCUUGCAUUCGCUCAAAUAAACCAAUAUCGCCACCUACUGCUGAAACGACACUAAUCAAACGUGUAAGUUAAUAGAAAGUACAAAUUUAGUACAAGUACCCAUACGUCUGUGUUUGUUAAAAUGUUAAUUGGAAGACAAAAGGAGACAGUUAAGCCCAGUCAACCAGACACAACCCAGACACUUCACCUGGGAGAAGGUUUGCUGCUGAAGAAGGAAGAAUUUCUAAGGAAACAAAUGUGGCAGGAACUCAUACUUGCCAAGAACAACUGUAGAACAAACAGAAGAGGAGCGCUGCAGGCUCUGAGGAGGAAGAAGUGGUACGAGAACCAGCUCAAGUGCGUGGCCUGUGCUGUCAGGGCUGUGCAGUUCGUCAGGGAAUACGUAGACAUUGUGAACAAGAUGAACGACCUGAUCAAAGACAUUACAGAGAAGCCAGAUGUGGCACAAGACGCCUUUUACACAUCUGCAGACUUUGGAGUGGACCUUGAUGAGGAGGAGCUGCUGACAGAGCUGGAGAUGCUGGAAAUGACUGUGGAUGACAAAAGCAAAGCCCCUUGUGUCCAAGUACUGGCUGCUGUGUCACCCAGCACUGGUAUGAAGCGCGUGGAGCAGGUCCGACCGUGGACGCUGGGUCCAGACAACACAGAAGAAGAUGAGCUUGAGGGUGAUUUGGAGCGUCUGUGGCGCUGGGCCAAUGAAACGCCGUGAACCUACCACCUGCUACAGCACAGAGAUGAGAAGAAUGGGACAAUUAGGCAGUUGUUAAUUACAGUUAUGUGUUGGUUUGUCCAGACUGGAGAGUUUCAUGACAGUUCACACCUAGUGUUUUAGCUACUUGUCACUAUUUCAGAAACUCCUUCACCAGUGGUUGUCACUUGGUGCGUUACUAAAAGUGUUUUGCACAUUCACUGUGAAGAUGUGUUGGCUCUGAUCCUGCUGGACUGGUUGGUUCUUCUGAUCGAAGGCUUUUGUUAAAAAAAACAACAUUAAAACACUUAAUAACAGCA